AUGCUGCAGUGGGAGUGGCCAAAGACGUGGCCUACGGAGAGCAAGGAGGUGAUUCGCGUUUCUAUUGAGCAGGCCAUCCGCAAGGCGAUGUCGGGGGGAGCCAACGCCCAACUUCGUGGUACAGUCAUUGUGGACGAGUUGAACCUGGGAAGCGUUGCGCCGGAGAUUGCGUUAAAUGGGAUUCGAGAGCUCUCCGCGGAGCACACCGCCAUCCUGGUGAAGGUCCGCUAUCACGGCGACUUCUCAGUGCGGCUGCGCGGGCUAGAAAUUAACCUGGAUACGGUCGGAGCAGGCGCCGAGGACUCCGAUGCAAACUUUGCCCUCCCCUUUUUUUGUCCCUUUGAAAUGACGCUGCAGGAUAUCCACAUCGACGGCAUGGUCUCCAUCGAGCUCUUUCAGGAGCUGGAAGAGAACCCACAGUGGGAGCAGGCCUCAUCACUGACGCUACACGCGGAUUUAACGCCGAGGGUUGUGAAGAAUAAGGUGCGGCUUCCAUCGCAUUCUACGCGUUCGACCGGGGUCAAUGACCGCCUCGGGUACGGAGUUCUUCUAGCUGGGGGCGGCCGUCGUGGAAUGCGGCCGCCUGGUGUGCUUGACGCACAUGAAACCUCCACAUCCUCACUGGAGGCCGAUAUCGUCACUGAUAACGUUUUGAAAUUGUCCAGGCAGGCACGUUGCGGCGUUCCGUCCUUCGUAGACAUUUUUGCAAAGAAGGUGAUGGUGAAGCGACGCAUGAUGAAGGUGCAGCUGUUUGGUGAUCCACUCAAGAACUUCCGUGUGAUUUCCAACUUUAGUACGGUGCCUGGGGCCAACAGCAAGGUGGAUGGUACUGUUCGGAUGCUUAUUAGGCCGGCCAUUGAGGCACUCAUGGAGGAGGGCAUAGCCUUUCCAAUUUAA